GUCGUGCUAGCGUUUUGUCGGUAUAGUUUCUCCCUUCUGUUUUUGUUACCUGGGUUUAUCAGCCAUGAAAUGCCCUUCAUGCAAUAAGGAGGUCUACUUUGCUGAGCGGGUCAGUUCACUUGGAAAAGACUGGCAUCGUCCGUGUUUAAAAUGCGAAAAGUGCAAAAAAACGCUGACUGCGGGUUCCCACUGUGAACAUGAUGGUAAACCCUAUUGUCAGAUUCCGUGUUACCAAGCCCUGUUUGGACCCAAAGGUUACGGAUCAGUGGCCAGCAGUCACAUCUACAAAUAGAUAACAAAUUUGUUAUUUCAAGUUUUGUUUAUACAUUCUACGUGACUACUUUUGAUGUCUCUUAUUCAGACAAUUUCAAUAGAUCGCUCCUUCAAGUACUGUUAAAUUACUUGAUUUUGAUGUUUUAACUUAUGAAAUAAACUCGCUGCUUAAAAUUUGUUUUACUUUUCACUCUCAGUCCGUAAUUGACAGUGAGAAGUGGUUACUUCGGACACAUCCUUGUAUUAAGUUAUGUUAUUACUAUUAUUUGGAUACAGGCGAUUGGUACAACGAAGAAUCAGAUAGAUAUGCGCCACAAAGAGAGAAAACAGAUUUGAAGACGGAAAGAACUGUAUUCAUUCUUCAGUUUCCUUUUAUAGUGAGACUCUGGAUUGCAGUACGAUAUACACGUAAGAUAGUUCAUUGCGAAAGACAGCAGUGAAUUCAAGAAAUAAUAAUGAUCUAUUCAAGUUCACCAACUCUUUUCU